AUGAGAAGAAGAGUCACAUUGGGAAGCCAUUUAGAGAGGUACAACAGAAGGCUGGUAAUGGUUGGAAUGAAGCAUAUUGGCUACUGUAUUGGUGCGGUUGUGGCCAUGCAGAUGGCAUACAUUCAUCCCGAUGAGCAUUUUCAAAGUCUGGAAAUCAUGAUGAAGAAAUUUAUGGAUGUUAGUGGUACCACGGCAUGGGAGUUUGACAAUAUGAAUGCUGCUAGAAGUUACGCUCCAUUGCUUCUGUUCUAUGGUCCCAUUUUUUUUAUUAUGUCUCAAAUGUUUCAUUUGGAAUCUCCAUUGCUUGUACUGUAUCUCGUUAGAUUACAGCAAUAUUUAGUGUAUAUUGCUGUCAUGAAACUUUCAUUGAAAAUACUAUUACCAUCCAAGAGACAACGUAGAAGGGCUGAUUUCCUUAUUUCCACCUCGUACAUUACGUGGUGCUUCCAGAGUCACACUUUUUCUAAUUCAAAUGAAACACUACUGCUACUACUAGUCUUAUCAAUCUUCCACUUGCAAAUUGUCAAUGACAAUUCAACUCAUUCUACGCUGUCAAUUGCAUCUGGAUUUCUAAUCACGGUGGGAAUCUUUAACAGAAUUACCUUCCCUGGCUUUAUACUGCUACCAUCGUUCUUAGUUUUCUUCAAAUUCUAUGUUAAACAUUGGAAGUCUUUGCUACUAUUAAUGAUUUCAAUCGCAUGUUCAUGUUAUGUUUGCGCACUAAUUGAUACAAGGUUUUAUCAUUCUUCAACGUUAUUAUUAGCGCCUUUGAAUAAUUUAAAAUACAAUUUGAACGUAAAUAAUUUGGCAGAACAUGGAUUACAUCCAAGGUACCUCCAUUUAUCAGUUAACCUUCCACAAAUUCUACUUUCUGGUCUCCUAUACAUAAUUCCUAGAGAUACGGAAACAGCAGCACAACAGAUCAAGACCUUACCAUUUUUGUCGAUCAUAUCAAGCUUGAUCGUCCUAUCAUCAUUUCAACAUCAAGAAUCAAGAUUCUUAGUGCCUUUAUUACCUUUAUUUUGCAUAAUAUUUACUACCUCUAAAUAUAGGCAUAGUUCUGCACUUUUGAAGUUAUGGAUAGUGUCAAACUUAAUUAUGGGAAUAAUAAUGGGUUGCCUACAUCAAUCAGGUGUUUUAAAUGUGCUUCAAUACUUCCAUACACCACAGCACAGCACCACGGUAGAUAUAUGGUGGAAAACUUAUUCACCACCCACGUGGAUGUAUAUGAAAAAUGCCUUAACCGUAUCAACGACUAACUUCGUUGAUGAUGUGGAAAAGAUUGAUUUGAUUGAUUUUAGUAAUACCAACAAUCAUGUAGUCGAUUUGAAAGGUUGCGAUUUUGAUCUGUUAAAUUCGACAAUAUAUGGAUUUCUUGAAAAAGUAAAUCAUAUCACCUUAAUUGCACCAGAUUCUAUCAAGAAACAUCUUGACCCAAUGCUAGGCUCAAAUCUAUUAAUGGAACAAAUCUAUCACUCAUCUUCCCACCUAGAUUUAGAUCACUUUGAUUUUGAAGAUUUCAGUUCAUUCAAGCUAGGAAUCUCUGUAUAUAGGAUAUCACAUCAAAAGUAA